UCACGUGCUUACUUUCAUGUGAUAUUACGGGAAACUUUCAUCAGUGUACUUCCGCAGAGGGUCUCUUGUAAACAACAACACUUAGCAGAGGAAACAAUUCAACACCAGUACCGAGCCGAAACAUUUUCUCCGAACAUCCCUAAAGGAAACUCAGGGGCUAGGUCUACUGGUGUUCUUCCUUAAGAAUGCAUUCUUCCAGAUACAGUUGCUCCCGGUCCUUUGCAGCGAAGGGGAACCAGAUUCCAUCGAUUUUUAUUGGAAUCGUCGUUUACACCUUAUGCAUUACAUCAAUUGUUGCGAUGGAGUUUAAAGACCCGAGCUUCUCAAACGUGGACAUGAAAGAAAAGGAAAGAGUAAUGGAUGAAAUCCUAGAGAAAAUAAAUAUUCUCUCUGAGGAUGAGAAGCUGCAGUACAGGAGAGAUUGGGAAGAGUUCAAAGACGAGACGGAUGCGAUGACUUCCAACGGGAAAAAAACCGCCAGGAGACUCCGAGCAAUAGCUGAUAGACUUGACCAAGCGUGGUGGGACUACAAGAUGGCUUAUGCCGCUGGAACCACUGCGUGUGUUGUAGGAGGAGUUGUAACAUUAAUGACUGGAGUUGCAGUAGCCAUAAGUUUUGGACUUGCUGGAGCUCUAGUAAACAUGGAGGCCACGUAUAGAUAUGACAGUCAUUCUGCGGAAAUCGAGGAGGCCGACAGGCUCUUGAAGGAGACCGGAGACAACUACAACGUCGUGAGGAAAAUGAUCCGUGAUUGGUCACUCGAGAAAGAAAGCAUACGGCUGAUGUACAUUUAUGGCCUUGCUAAAGCUCAUAAAGUGACUUCCCCUCAGGUUUUGAUGAUUUUACGGGAAUUGGUUCUUUACUCCAUGGGGAUCCCCUCCGUGGAAAAAGGAACGAUAACUCUUCUUGAAAAAGCAGUGUUUAAUUUGGGUGCGAAAACCGCUUUUCAAGGUGGUGCUGGAGGAGCAGCUCAGGCAGGAACACAAGCAACUGAUGACGUAAUUCAAACCGGCGCAAAAACCUCAACAAAAGAAGCAUCAAAGGGUGGAGCACAAACUGUUGAUGAUCUGGCGGAAGCAGCUUCUAAAACAGUAGUAAGACUCCCGGAGAACAUAAUUGUUUUCGUAAACACUGCCCUUUUGGUAAAGGACGCCAUAGACCUGGGCUUCACGAUUAAGGAUCUCGUUCAAAACAAAGGACAUGAAGCGGCGAAAGAUCUAAGAGAAAAGGCCAAGGAGAUCGAGGAUGCUUUUAAACUGUAAUCGAAACUUGAGUUAUUGGAACAAUUCAAACUGACACCAACAGUUAAAUGAAAAAAGUGCCUUACAACUGAAAACCAAUCUUUUUUUUUCAUUUCCUCCAUAUGGAUUAUAUUAAUUUCGUAGUUUGACCUAUUUUGUUUUAUUUUUUAAAAAAGAAAAAGCUUGGUAACAACUUUGUCCGCUGUUAUAUGUCAAGGGAAGAGUCAACAAUAAGACUCUUCAUUUUAAACUGAUUUUUUUUUAGGGCAGUGUUGAAUUAUUGGCUCUAGGAUGCCUUCCUGUUACGGGAAUAUUUAUACGUUUUAUUUUAUGGACCCUUUUUAAUUGCUAUUGUGUAUUCGCGCAGUUCAAGUUGUAUCUUUCGAUUUCUGCAGUCUAGUUUUCUUCGUUUUUUGACUCGAACAGUUGAGAUGUAGAUGAUGAUGAAAGAAUUGGUACUAUUGAAAUUGUUAUCACAUUGUUAAAAGUAUCGCCAAAAUAUUAUUUUGUGGUCAUUUAUUAUAAAAUAUUACUGUUAGGGUUUUUUGUGGGUUUUGGAACAUAUUUACUCGUCAACAUUUCAUAGUAGAUCAUUUCCGAUUUAUACAAGUUCAUUCAAGUUCUAUCGUUCAAGUAGUUCAAAAAAUUUAGAAAAAGCCUCGAUAGUUUUUGGAUGGUCAACUGAUUCAUUUUGCAUUGUUUCUUGCCUUCAUUGUAGUUACUUUGAAAAGAAAAUGUAAAUAGAAGUGUUAGUGAUCUUCCUGGAAAAUUGCUUCUCAUCGCAGUUGGCAGCUUAGUUUCAGCUCAUAAAUUCGCUUUCCUUUCAUAGGAUAAUUUUUCCUCGUUGCUGUUUUCUGAACUUUACACCAACACCGAGCUAUUUCCCGCUAGUGUUGAAAAAAAUAGGAGAUUUUUAAACCAAUUAUAAUCAAGGAAAUUGUUAUUGUUUUGAUCAGUAAUAUUUACUAAAUUCACCGGAAAAAAAAGUGACACAAUCAAUUAAUGUAUUUUUCUAACUGCAGCUAACCAGCGUGAGCAGUCCCUCGAAUCCUAUUCGGUGAAGUCGGUCGAGCGAGACAAAAGAAUUGGUGAAAAAAUAAAUUGAUGUAAGUGAA